ACAUUACAAAAACAAACUCAUAUGUCAAUUUUUAAACAGUUUCUCUAAAUAAAAACUUUUCCAACUUAUUCACCAGCAAUACACUUUACACAACAUACCUUCCUACAAUGAAGAGUUUCAAAAUUCCCAAGUACGAAACUGAAACAGAGAAGGAGUUUGUAGACGAGAACUCACCAAUAAAUGUAUUAAUGGAGGAUGUCAUACCUGUCAACAUGGGAAUUAUUCAGUCUGAGAGAAUGUACCGAAGGUCUUGCACAUCCAUUGAGAAUGAUGGGAAAAGAGGAGUCUCACUGACUUUACAGAGGCCAGGUACAGUCACAAACGGCCCACUUGGAGAGAGUUACAGAUUUAAAGAAUUGCACUUUCAUUGGAAUCAUGAGGAUGAUGAAGGAAGUGAGCACUCGAUUAAUAACAACUUUGGUUGCUUGGAAGCACAUUUUGUCUUUAGACGGAGGUACACAAUUUUCACCGAAGAGGAAUGGUUGGAAACAGCCAAAAAAUAUGAUGAGAGAAUAGCUGAAAGAGGACCGGAUAAAUUGCACAAACCGAUAAAAAAAGCAUCUCAAAAUCGUUUAAAGUCCUCAUCAUCUAUAAGAAUGAUAGUAAACAAGGUAGAAGAAAUUGAGGAGCAAAUGAUACAUGACCGAUGGCAGAAAGAAAAGUCCAAGAAAGCUGUACAUAGUAGGAGACCGACAAGGUUUGAGUUUGGCACACUUCCGGACAACAAAGAAAUAGAUCAUUCCGUUGACAUAGGCUAUAAGGACGAAGAAGAGGAGAGAAAGCAUGAGAUGAAUCAAGAAGACUACUCAAAAUACAAAGACAUGCUUAAAAUGCAACAAGCUGCGAGAAAAUGUGCUGAAAGACAGGCGCACAACAAUGCUAAAAAGGAAUAUAUUAAAUGGAAAGCCAAAGAGGAAGAACUUGAUGCAAAAAUAAAAAAAGAAAGAGAAGCCGAAGAGGAAAAGGAUAAGGCAAAUGAAAUUGAAUUGGGAAAGAUGAACAAUAUGGACGUAUCGGAGAAGAGAAAAAGAAAAGAGAAAGUUGCUGAUCUUUACAGGGAACAAAUGAAAAGAGAUGAGGCCAAUAAGAAUUUCGAUGAAAAUUUAGUGAAAAGAAGAAAGAGUGAACUACAAAAAAUACAGAAAAGAGGGAUAGAGCUGUUAUGCAACAUUGCUGUUUUAUUUCAUAUCGAUGAACAAGCUCCAUUUUACAGGACUUUUUCAACUCUUUCCUUGGUCGAGGAACCAUUUUCAGAAGUAAUUGUGGAUACCAAUUUGCUCACUGAGUUUAAAAGUGUCCUGGUAUCACCAAAUUAUUUUGCGUACCACAGCAUCCAACCCCAGAGUGAAAACCCAGGCAUACUCUGGAUCGUGAUGAAGGAUACACUACCCAUACGAAAACACCAACUUGAUCUGUUCAGACAGUUAAAGACAAUUCACGGUGAACAAUUACUGUCGUGUAGGAGGGAAACAAAGAACUUAAACAGGAAAGUUUAUAUGAAUUGGCGUCCACCAGUGGAAAAACCUUUUAUGUGCCCUGGAAAAGACUUAUGCCACUGCGAAAGGGUGGCUGAAGACAAUGGCUGGGAAAAAUACAAAAACUUGUAAACACAUGAA